AUGUUAUCCAAUCGAUACAAUAUACUUCCUUCUUAUUAUCAAUCCAAUUCAAUUUCACAUCAACGGUCUAUAAAUCAACGUACAGAAUUUUUACCAAUCAAAACUUCAAAAUUAUUAUAUAAUAAUGUUCAUCUGUCAUCAUCAUUGAUAAAUAAUAAUCAACAACAAAAAAAUAAAAAAAAUCUUGAUCAACAGUUACCACUUUUAAUUCAACGUCGUUGUCGUCCAACAAUAGAAACUCUUCAACAAUCAUCAGAUAUAAGUGAUAUUUAUGGUUAUCAUAUAAAAUUAACACUGCCACCACUUUGUGCAAAUCAAAUCAAAUUUUCACUACAUUCAAAACUUUUCAAUGAAAAUAAACCGAGACAUAUACCAUUCGAUCCCAAAUUAUCACAAUCUUUUCAACUAUGGGCAUCGGAAUUAAAAGAAAAAGAAGACAUUCAUCAAAUAAUACAAUCAAAACAACCUAUAUCAAGACGUUAUAGUAGUUAUCAUCGUCAAACAGACAAAAAUCAUUCAAAUUCAAAACAACAAUUAUUACCUGAUUUAUCAAAAUCAUUCAAUAAUGAUAAUACAGGUUUUACUGAUACAUGGAAAGAUUCUAAAUCAAAUAUUGCCGUUCUUUGGAAUCAAGAAGAAUCAAUGAAUACGAAUUACAAUAGUCCUGUAAAAGCAUACACUCCUCAAAUUCGUAUUCAAGAAUGUAAUGACUUUGAAUCUUCAACAUUUCUACCUGAUGAUUAUUCAUCAUUCGCUAAUUCGUGUACUGAUGCUUUCAAAUUAAAACCACCAAAAUUAAUCAGACUACGACGACUUUCUUAUAGUUUAUCAUUACCAACAGUUAUAGAACAUAUCAAUGAUGAUCAUUUUAACAAUUGA